ACUCAUCAGUUAACGGGCCUCACUUUCUUAUUUUCGUCGUAGAUCCGCCCUCUGGCCCUCUUUCCUCUCCGUUCUAAAAACAAGGGAACUCCAGAUCAAACACCACCCCCAAAAAAUGAGAACCGGAAUUUUCAAGUUUCCCGCGAAGGCGAAGACCCGUCUUUACCUCGUAGCAUGCGCUGGCGCAGGCACGGCCACGGCCACCGGCAUUUCCUUGGCUGCCUUCAACCCAAAUUCCCCCUCACUUUCCUACGAUUCCUUCCUUCGUUCCUCCAUUUUUCCCGAGAAAAUUCAGACGGCAUUCCAUGGCGUCAUUCGCUCUUCUCGUGCAAUCUACACCAUAGCUUACACUGUUGUCGAUUACAAAUAUUCUUUACACGGGCUUCCAGUAGACUCUCACGAGUACCUUCAAAAACUAAGUGAGGUCCAUUCACGCUCGGCCAAGAGAAUUCGGAAUCUAUGUGAAGCAAACAAAGGAUUCUAUGUCAAAGCUGGUCAGUUUGUUGCUGCUCUGCCGCAGGUUCCAAAAGAGUACUCAUCAACUCUUUCUUCAUUACAGGAUCAGACAGCGCCUUGUGAUUUCAAAGCUAUAAAAAAAGUACUAAUCAGCAAUCUGGGACAGGAUUUGUCUGGAAUAUUUUUGUCGCUUGAUGAACGGCCAAUAGCCGCUGCAUCUAUUGCUCAAGUGCACCGUGGGACAUUGAAAGAUCAGCAAGAAGUUGCAAUUAAGGUGCAAUACCCUGGGUUAGAGAACCAGAUGAAAUUGGACACAAGUAUUAUGUCUUUCCUUUCAAAAUGCACUGAAUGGUUUUUCCCUGAAUACAGGUUUGAGUGGCUAGUAUCAGAAUUUGUGGAGGCUAUUUCUUUCGAACUUGACUUCAUUCAGGAAGCAAGAAAUUCAGAGAGAACUGCCAAAAACUUCAAAAGCAAUGACAUGGUCCGGGUUCCUCAUAUAUUUUGGGAGUUAACAACAAGACAGGUUCUGACAAUGGAAUUUUGUAGGGGUCGCAAGGUUGAUGCCGUGGAAUUUCUUAAAGAAAUGGGAAUCAACCCGAUAAAGGUUGCAAAAGCACUGGUGGAAGUAUACGCUGAAAUGAUAUUUAUCCAUGGUUUUGUACAUGGAGAUCCCCACCCGGGUAAUAUAUUAGUUUCUCCUGAAGGCCGGUAUGGAUUUUCUUUGGUUCUUUUAGAUCAUGGAAUCUACAAACAACUCGACGAGGGAUUUAGAUUGGACUACUGUGAGCUUUGGAAGGCUUUAAUUCUUCUCGACUCCAAAAAAAUACAACAACUAGGCGAGUGUUUUGGUGUUGGAAAGUACGCUAGGUACUUCCCUCUCAUUUUCACUGGAAGAACUAUUGACAGUAAAUCACCGCUCGGGAGGGGAAUGUCUAGCGACGAGAAAAGGAAUUUAAAGCAGGAGUUGGGGUCUCUGCAGAUGGAGGACAUAUCUUCCUUUAUGGAAUCUUUGCCUCCAGAGUUCUUAGUUAUAUUGCGAACAGAUGGGCUAUUGAGGUCUAUCCUUCGCAAGUUGGGUGCUUCUCAACGGGUUAGGUUGCUAGCCUAUGCCAAAUAUGCAUUAUAUGGUCUUUCUCCGAGGUCGAAUCCUCAAUCUGAUUUUCCUAUAAAAGCUGUAUUAUCCAGAUUGAAGACGAACAUUAGUUAUCUUCAUUUAAGGCUUGUUCUCGAAGUACUGGAGCUGCUUUCUUGGAUGGGAAAGAUCAGGCGUUUACUUUACACCUUAACUGAAAGGUUUGUUGGUGGAAUUAGGAGUAUCCUAACGCUGUCUUUGAGUAAUUAAUAUCCUUUCUAUUUGUGCCCCUGGAAUUUCUGUCAUCUUUGCUGCUACUUGCUCCUCAAUCUUAAGAGGAGCUUAGGGGAAGAUCUCCGUCUGAGGGUACUCUGAAGCACCUGCUGUUCCUGUUUUACUUUUGGCAGACUGGCGUUUAAACUCUUUAGUGUCUGGAUGCAUGCGAUAAAACACAUUCUUUUCUGGUUAGGCAUCAAUAAGAAUUUGAGUGGCAUUUUUAUUGUCAUCUUUCAACGGAGUCCCUUUGUUGGGUCAUAUUUGUUAGUUGAAGUUAGAGGGCGAAAUCAUGUGAUUUUCGUACACUCUGUACACUGAUGUAGUUUUACAUUUUAAUGUCGGAAAAACCAAAUAUAGGAUAUUACCAUCUCAA